AAAAACAAGAAGCAAUAAAAAAGAUACAAUUUGUAAAUAUUGUAGCUAUGAAUAUUCAAUACCUCAAAAACUUCAUAAGUAUCUUAAGCAAAAAAAUCUAUACAAACCAUUACAAGAUCAAAAAAAU